CCCCCAAUUCUCAUUCCCAGGUCCCUUUCGCCCGCUCCGUCCCAACGAGAGAGAGAGCAGUUGGUUGAGACUUGAGGGAUGGAUCUGCUGGAGAGGAGCGCCACCACUAUUAAGCCGGAGGCGGGGGAGGCCCAGUGCAAGGAAGGCGAGAGGAAGGAGCAGGAGCAGCAGGAGACCCAGCAGCAAGGCAGACCCCCGCUCGCCAACGGCAGCAGCAGGUCUGGAAUGUUGCCAAUGUCGAGCCCUCCAGCAAAUCCGGGACAGCUUACCAUCUUUUAUGGUGGGUCAGUAUGUGUAUAUGACUCAGUGCCACCAGAGAAGGCCCAAGCAAUCAUGCUUAUUGCAGCAGCAGCAGCUGCAGCCUCAAAAAGCAAUGGCCCCGCUGCUGUUAAGCCUCCAGUGAUGUCUGCGACCAAUGCUAUCCAAGCUAUGCUUACGCGGUCGCUCUCACUCCAGAGCACUUCUGUAGCAAAUGGACAACCUCAGCCUGCCGCUGAUCCUAGCUCGAUUUGCAAGCUUCAGGCUGAUCUUCCCAUCGCCAGGAGACACUCCCUUCAGCGCUUCCUGGAGAAACGUCGUGACAGGGUGGUGAGCAAAGCUCCCUACGGCACCGGGAAGCCGUCGGAAGGCAUGGGAGCCUCUGGGAUGGAGGCGGUCGCGGAGGGAAAGGCCCAGUAACAGAAAGGAAGAAAGAUAGCCCCACCCCUGAUGUGUUUGGAAGGAAAGGGCGCGUGUUAGCUGAUGUGAUGUUACACCGUAGAAUUAUCAUCGUUCGUGAUAAUAAUGAUUCGACCAGAACCUCUAUUGUCAUUGUUCUGUUGUCAUUGGGUAGUGUACUCUGUAUCUGAACCUGUUUUACUCCGAGGAACCAAACUGCUAUGGUGAUAUAUGUCAAUGUAAAUCAUGCAUGUCGA